CAGCGGUGAACCAAUGGCAGGAGCCGUUUCAUGCGCUCCGCAAGCAGGGAGAUCAAAAGUGUGGCUUGGCUGAUUGCUGCGCGGUGUCAAUUGGCCAAUCUCUCCUCCCGGGGAGAAAUCCGGGAGAAGGAGAAGAAGAAGGAGAAGAGGAAGAAGGAGGGAGCGCGGUGGUGGUGGGGGCCCGAGAAAAGAGACUGCAAUCGUGGCUUCAGUUUGGGACCAGCCUUGGGUGGUGGGAGAAGCGUCUCUGGAUACCUCGCCGAGGAGGGGCCCCAGGAUGAGGGCCCGGCGGUGCUGGCCUUAAGAAAGCAAAGAAAAAACCCAAGCACCACCGCCAGGGCUUGCUUUUGGGGGGGGGAGGCGGGCAGGCAAAUCGAGAGCGCGGGCUGGGUCUGGAGCGAUGCAGCUGGAGCAUUGUCUGUCGCCUCCGUCGAUGAUGCUCUCCAAGAAAUUUCUCCAUGUGAGCGGCGGCGGUGGCGGCGGCGCUUACGCGUCGGGCGGAUCCGAGCUUGCCUUGCACGAGCAUCCUCACCAUCACCAUCCGCACCACCACCAUCCCGCCGCCGCCAUCCUGUCGUCGAGCGCUGACAACCUGGAGAGGAGUUCACCUCUGAAAAAACUCGCCAGGGGGGGGAUGACGAAUCAGGCCGAGGCAGACAAUUUCUCUGACUCCAAAGACCCGCCAGGGGACGCGCAACAGCAGCCACCGCCACAGCAGCCUCAGCCUCCGCAGCAGCAGCAACAGCGCGCCAAACUCUCGCCCGUCGUCUUGGACGGCGGUGGCGGUGGCGCCGCGGAGCAGUUGCGCCCCUCCUUCGAUGGAGCGGCCGCGGCUGCGGCAGCGGCAGCAGCAGCAGCAGCAGCGGCGGCGGCGGCCGCGGCCGAUCGCUACCUGCUCUCGUCGCCCGCGGCCGCAGCCGCGUCCAGCGCGCCUCCGACCGCCGCGUCGGCUCCCCCGACGGCCGCCAGCAUGUUCCCCUACCCGGGCCAGCACAACCCUCACGCGGCCGCCUUCUCCAUCGCCAGCCCCAGCCGAUACAUGGCGCACCACCCGGUCAUCGCCAACGGAGCCUACAACAGCCUGCUGUCCAACUCGGCCCCGCAGGGCUACCCGGCCGCCGGCUACCCUUACCCUCAGCAGUACGGCCCCUCGUACCAGGGCUCUCCCUUCUAUCAGUUCCCCUCGGCGCAAGCCGGGCUUGUCCCAGGAAAGGCGCAGGUCUACCUAUGCAACAGGCCGCUCUGGCUGAAGUUCCACCGGCACCAGACCGAGAUGAUCAUAACCAAGCAAGGCAGGCGAAUGUUCCCUUUCUUAAGUUUUAACAUAUCUGGUCUGGAUCCCACGGCUCACUACAAUAUUUUUGUGGAUGUCAUCCUGGCCGAUCCAAACCACUGGAGAUUUCAAGGCGGCAAAUGGGUGCCUUGCGGCAAAGCGGACACCAAUGUACAAGGAAAUCGAGUUUAUAUGCACCCAGACUCCCCCAACACAGGAGCCCACUGGAUGCGCCAGGAAAUCUCCUUCGGGAAGCUGAAAUUGACUAACAAUAAAGGCGCCUCGAACAACAACGGGCAGAUGGUGGUCUUGCAAUCCCUCCACAAGUACCAGCCCCGCUUGCACGUGGUGGAGGUGAACGAGGACGGCACGGAGGACACCAGCCAGCCCGGCAGGGUGCAAACCUUCACUUUCCCGGAGACGCAGUUUAUCGCCGUCACCGCCUACCAGAACACCGAUAUCACACAGCUGAAAAUAGAUCACAACCCUUUUGCAAAAGGCUUCCGAGAUAACUAUGACACGAUCUACACGGGCUGCGACAUGGACCGCCUGACCCCGUCGCCCAACGACUCCCCUCGCUCGCAGAUCGUGCCGGGCGCCCGCUACGCCAUGGCGGCCGCGGCGGCCGGCUCUUUCCUGCAGGACCAGUUCGUCAGCAACUACGCCAAGUCCCGCGGCUUCCACCACCACCAUCAUCACCACCCGGGGGCCGGCGCGGGAGCCGGCGUGGGCCCCGGAGGGCCGGUUCCGGAGCGGGGGGUGCCUCACCCCAACGGGCUGCUGUCCCCUCAGCAAGCCGAGGAGCCCGGCGCUCCCUCCCCUCAGCGUUGGUUCGUCACGCCCGCCAACAACAGGCUGGACUUCGCCGCCGCAGCGGCAGCCUCGGCCUACGACCCGGCGGGCGAUUUGGCGGGAAACGCCGCCACCCUGUUGUCCUACGCGGCGGCCGGAGUCAAGGCGCUCCCGCUGCAGGCCGCCGGCUGCACCGCGCGGCCCCUCAGCUACUACCCGGACCCGUCGGGCUGGGGAGCGCGCAGCCCGCCUCAGUAUUGCGCCAAGGCCUUGUCGUGCUGGCCCAACGGCGGCGGAGGCGGAGGGAGCAGCUCCCGCGCGGGGGGCAACCCCUAUUUGCCCACAGGGGCCGGCGGCGGCGGCGAGGAGCCUGACAGCCUGGCUCCCCCCGAGCGCUCCCCCUUGGUGGCGCCUCCGCCGCCUCCCCCCUCGGCCGGGCAGCCCCCCGAGGACUCGAAGCCCCCGAAGGACUUGUCCGACUCGAGCUGGAUCGAGACGCCGUCGUCCAUCAAGUCCAUCGACUCGACCGACUCUGGGAUUUACGAGCAGGCCAAACGCCGGCGGCUCUCCCCGGCGGGCACGCCGGCUUCCGAGAGCUCCUCGCCGCUCAAGAGCGAGCCCGCCCUGGCGCCCAGGGACUGCGACAAGACCUGCGCCAAGGACAUCGGCUACUACGGCUUCUACUCGCACAGCUAGAGAGGCGGCCCUUUACCUCCCCACCCCUCACCACACAUACAUACCCCUCCCCUCAACGGUUCUCCUUUCCCGCCAAUUCCUUCCCGCCAAGCUUCGGCGCCUGCGCGAGAGGCUGGGCGCUUAGUUAGGCGCGUCACUCGAGCGCCUCUCUUUCUCCGGGAACCUGCGCACGCGCAGUCAAAGCACCCUCUCUUUCGCUGCCCUUCCGCUUUUUCUCACUCACGCACGCGCGUUAGGGCGCGAGCGGCACAUCGGCGCACAGAACCCACUUUGGCUUCGCAGUCGGGGGGGGGGGUCGGCACCCCCGACGAGAAAUCGUUGUUUCUCUCUCUCCAUCUCUCUUUCCUAUCUGAAGUGGUGAUUUUAAUCGCUUCGCCCCUGACAAAGGCAAAGGGAACAUAGGGAACGCUCCCCAGCUCCCACCCCCAUGUUGUUUGUACCCAGGUCCCCAAACUCCUGCAGGGAGAGGUCAGAGGCUUCCUUGAUCCGUAUUAAGUCACUCCACUUAAGGGGGUAACCCAUUCGGAUCAAGGCAACGAGAAUCGUGACCCCGUUUAGCCAUCUCAACUGGUCCUUGCAGUGAAGAUGGUUAAAGGCUGAGAGUGCGGAUCCUAACCUUCAUCCUAAAACUGCUGUCCUAUGCAUACAGCUUUGUUUGGGAGGAAACCCCUUCCUCGCCGCUCAAGCCUAGGACUAUUUUGUUCGGAAGUCAGUACACUGUUCUCAUUUGGCUUACUCCCAAGUGACUGCGAACUGGUCUGCAUCCUGAGUUAGGAUCGCCCUGGCAGUGGUUUGGAUACCAACCCGCCCAGGUAACAGUUAUUCUGCGGAGCACAAUGGGACCUUUUCAGCGCCAUGAAAGCUAAUUUCUGUUAGGGUUCGCACAGCGCCCUCCAGUUGCUUAUCCAAAUUUAAUGCUUUUAAGGCUGCAAUCCUAAGCGUCCUUACUAAGGGUCCUGGUACUUUACUCGGCAAACGCGGCUGAAAAGACAGACUUGCCGAUGGUUUUGAGUCUGCAGACUAAGCCCACCAGUUUAGCCUAUUUCGUAACGUUAUUUCGCGCUCUCUCACUGUGAAAGAAAAAGAAAAGGGACUCAAAACUUUCUAGAAGGAUGUUAGUGGAUUUAGUGGGAAACUUCUUGUCCUUAGUUGAGACAUAAAUAUGCGCAUACUUGCCUGUAUUUAAUAUCCUGACAAAUUGAUUUUUAAAUAUUAAAAAGGCAUCUUCCUCUCUUCUAAUGUGAGCUGGAAGCGGAUUCCCAAAACAGUGUUAAGGGAAUUAAACUACAACAAUGAAAUGAACACAACUAGGCAGUAAUUAAAGUUAAUAUGAAUGGAUCCAGAAAUUCAGUUAACACUUCUGUGGAAGUAAGUUUCGCAGAAAAGGAAAGGACUCGUCGCCUAUUACACUUGCAUAAGAAUGGUGUGUGAAUUCCACUUACCUCCGUCUUUCUGGAUUGUGGAUUGGUGGUUUAAUUGGCACCUUAGUCUCAAAGGGGUUAAGAAAUUGAGUCCUUUGCGCAUGAUCCAUACUAAACUUAAAACACUUUUAACGCCCCGUAUGAGAUCGUUAAGCGAAUAUUUCGCACAUUCUCAGGGAGAUGAAGGGGGGAGUGUAGUGUGUAAUUUUGCAUGCACUACCAUUUUAGGGGAAUUUGAGUUCAAGUGUACGUGGCUAAUUGCUACAGUUUCGC